CAAACACCACUUGAUUUUCUGCAGCUUGUCGGUCCACUGGGCCGUUCAUGCAGAGGCGGUGGCUCCUGUUGUCCUUGCUGGUCAUUGGAUACACACCUUUGGCAAAGGACUUCCUGGGCACUUCGCAGGCGACGGGCGGCGCAGGGCCGAGCCUCGUGCGACGGAGAGCCAUGGCCGUGGAGCCAAAGGCGCCGGACCGCUCGUCCGCGCGGCUGACGUACUUUGCGGGCUAUGGCCUGGCGGAGCAGACACGAUGGAUCAUGGCGGCCGCGGGCAUCCCCUUUGAGCAGGUAGCGCUGCAAAGCCAUGAGGAGUUCCUGCAGAUGCGCUCGGAUGGAAAGCUUCUUUUUGGACAGCUGCCCUUGCUGGAGAUUGAUGGUUUGAAACUGGUGCAGUCCCAGGCCAUGCUGCGCUAUGUGGCCAUGAAAGGAAAUCUUUGGGGGCAGACGCCUGAAGAGUCAGCGCUGGUGGAUAUGGUGGCCGAAGGCAUCAAGGAUGCGCGAGGUGUGGUGGUCAGCUUUCCCUUUCAGCCCGACAAGGCCGCGCUGGCAGCCGAGGUUCCGCAGAGGACCUCCAAGCAGCUCGAACCGCUGGAAGCUCUCCUCCGCACGCGCCCGGACGGCAGCUUGGGCAUCUUGGCCUCCGGCCUCUCCGCGGCUGACGUGCUGCUAGCAGAGCUGACGGAAGAGUUGUUGGAAAUUCGGCCGGAUGCCAUGGCAGCAUAUCCCAAAGUUGCAGCACUUCACAAGCAGGUGACCAGUUUGCCCCAGAUCCGCGGCUACCUGGAUGGCCCAAAGCGCUAUCCUUUUCCCAAGGGCGCUGAAGGCGAAAUGUACUUGCAGAACGUCAACACUGUCCUGGGCAGAUGAGGUUCACACCCAGAAAACAUGAUGUGGGUAGAUCUCGGGAACCCACCUAACCAGUGGGUUGGAGAUCUAUUUGUCUCCUCUCUUUCCUGUUAUGAGGAGUCGGAGUGCUGGCGGGUAAAUCUGACAACUACUUAUCCAGAGCGGGGCCACUUCGUUGUAUAAACACGGUGGCCCAUGCCCUGGAUAGUUCUUUGUUUUUCAAGCACCUGCUAUUGAGUAUGUCCGAAAAUUAGGGAUUGCCAGAGGCUCCCUGAUAUGUCCAACUUAGGUAUGAUGACCUCAUAUUCAUUCAGCUUCCUUGGUGGAUGCUUACUGCUACAGCGGAAUUGUUGGACUUGGGAGGGUUCUGAAUGCGGGGUCAUCCGUAUUUCCGCGAUUAAUGGAUGGCCUGGACAAUUUCAGGCAAAGACUCUUGCAAACCAUUGCAAGCCUCGUUGUUUGCGUGUGUGAACAUCCUCAUGGUUUGUAGUUGUUUGAGGGAACUGCUCCCCCAGUUUACGAGACUCUCUGCCAGCAAGAGUCAGAGUGUAGAAAAGGGUGUUGCGCAGUCUGAAGUCAUCACAGCAGGGGCCUUGAAUGGCCUUCCACUGCUUAGAGCUUUAAUGACACAGCUUGGAUUUGGAUGGUUAUUCUCAUCCGGCGGUUGGGGGUCCAGCCAACUCUUCACUUGCCGGUGUGUUCAAAUUGAGGAGGCAAACAGAUUUGUCAUUUGUUUGAACUUGGUGGAUCUUCAGCUUCAUGUACAGCCACGAUGGGCCCGAUCUCUAUACAUAGUGAC